UUGACAAUCUACUAGAUUAUUAUUUUCUCACUCAGUAAUAAUCAUCGCUCAUAAUGAUACUGGAUCGUAUUGAAUCACCAAAGGCUAAGAAGAAGCUCUCAUUGGGAGUCGGUGGUGCAUUUGUCGAGCUGCCGGCAGAACGCACCGGCUGGGCUAAUAAAACAGAGUUUGUUUUGUCUUGCAUUGGGUAUGCAAUUGGAAUUGGAAAUGUUUGGAGGUUUCCUUUCUUUGUUUACCGAAACGGCAGAGGUGCGUUUCUGAUAGCCUUCAUACUAAUGCUGAUAACAAUGGGCCUGCCAAUCUUCUUCAUGGAGCUCUGCAUCGGUCAGUACACGGGGAUGGGUCCUAUGGAAGCGUAUCGUCGUAUGUCACCGGCAUUUGGGGGUCUUGGGAUAUGCACCCUCGUUGUGAUCGCAUUAGUAACUGUCUAUUACAUGGUGAUAAUAGCUUGGACACUGUUCUACACUUUCGCCUCAUUUUCAACGAAGCUCGCCUGGGCAUACUGUGACAACGACUUCAAUACUCCUGAGUGCUACAGCGGAUUGGAAGAUAAGCAAUGUCAAGAUGCUAAUUCUAGCAUGAUUUUUUUUAAUAAAACAUGCCAACUAAUCAGCAAAGUCUGCCAUGAUUUUGGAUAUGAACAAGGUAACAAAACUUACUGUUUUAAUGCGACACACGAGAAUCCACUUCGUAAAUUAUACAAGAGCGUUCUAUCAUCGGAGGAAUAUUUCAGCGAUUACGUACUCGGAAUACGAGGCGCUACUUGGGAUAAUUGGGGCGGCAUAAGAUGGGAGCUCUUGGGUUGUCUCACCCUUGCCUGGAUUAUCUGUUACCUCUGUUUAAUAAGAGGCGUUCAAUCCGUCGGGAAGAUCGUAUACUUUACUGCACUGUUUCCCUACUUUGUAUUGAUCGCACUUCUCAUUCGAGGGUUAACUUUGGAUGGUGCUGGAUAUGGUAUCACGUGGUUCAUCACUCCGGUUUGGUCAUCGCUGUUGGAUGCAAAGGUUUGGGGUGAUGCUGCAUCACAAAUCUUCUAUUCCCUGGGCAUUGGUUGCGGAUCUCUGAUCACGAUAUCGAGCUUCAGUACGUUUUCGAAUAAUUGCCACAGGGAUGCGAUAUUUAUAACAUUUACAAAUUUAUUUACCUCAGUAUUUGCGGGUAUUGUGAUAUUUUCAAUAAUGGGGUACUUAGCAAAACAAAUGGAGUUGCCGCUGGAAGAUGUCGUGCAGAGUGGACCAGCUUUAGCAUUCAUAGCUUACCCAGAAGCAGUGGUACGAAUGCCACUUUCAAAUCUCUGGGCUAUUUUAUUUUUCUCCAUGCUAUUUAUUCUCGGUCUUGGCAGCCAGUUUGCAGGGGUUCAGGCGAUAAACACGGCUAUUCUGGACCUACGACCGAAUCUGCGAAAACACGAGAGCCUGGUGAUACUUGGAAUUUGCGUGUGUGGAUGGAUUCUAGCAUUACCGAUGAUUUUCGACGCCGGAGUGUAUCUUAAUACGCUGAUGGAUUGGAACACCGCGUCCUGGGCAAUAUUGUUAAUUGGAUUGCUCGAAGUUGCUGUACCCGCGUGGUGUUACGGAUGCAACAAAUUCCUAACCAAUAUUGCCGAAAUGGACAUGCCGUUUGGGAGGUUUACACGCGGAUACUGGUGGAUCAGCUGGACCCUUCUCGCUCCCAUUACCUGCCUUGGCGUAUUCGCUUAUCAGAUGUAUAUAUUUACCCCAGUAUAUUACGGUAAAUAUGUUUUUCCCUAUUGGCCAAAUGUUUUAGGCAUUUUGAUUGGCUUGUCAACACUUGCACCAUUACCACUUUACUUUGUCUAUUGUGUCUACAAAGGACCUCGAAACUGGAAUCUGUUCAGAUUAACGGAGAGUUGGGGACCAUCAAAAAAAAUGUCGUGGUAGAUUUAUUUUAAAUAUAAAUGGACUUACAAUGAGUAAAAUACUUUUAUAUAUAUAUAAUAUAUAUAAAGUUCACGGAUAGACAAUAAAAUAGACGAAGCUAGAAAGAUCAUAAUUUUUUAGUUAUUGCGUUUUUUCGUACACGGACUUAAUACUUAAACGAGAAACUUGAAAAGCAAUACGUCUUGUGUUUGUAUGUACGUUAUCCGGCAUACCGGCAUUCCCCUUUGAACUUGUGUUUCUUCUAAACCUUUUUUCUUAUACUGUGAGCCCUCAACAAUACUAAAAACCCUCGGCAACGUUUUAACCCCUAAAUUGCUGGCAUUUAUUUAGAGUUCAAGGGUAAUAAAUUGCCUGAGUGUGGUUAAGAUUCCUUAUCUUACAGAGCUUGUUGAUUAUUUUUUAUACUACGAUAUAAGGAUCUCUAAUUUAUGUUAAGUAGUUUUUUUUACAGUAUUCCACUUAUUUAUAAACGUACUCUCGAUAUAAAAAAUAUCGGCAAAAUAUUUAAUUAAAAAAAUAAAAAAGCUAAAGAUGCCUCAAUUUAUUUUCGGCCAUAAAAAACAGAAUUUUUAACGAUUUUCUUUUCAAUCUUUUCAAAAAACAAUCCAAAAAUUAAAGAUUAAAUUUUUAGGAAAAAAUAUUUUAUGUAAAAAAUUUUUUUGUCCUGAAACCAUUUUACCCUGUGG